AUGUCGAAGCCGGACAAAAUCACCCGCUUCACGGAAGCGAUGAAGACAGUCUACGGGCCCUUUGACCAACUCUCGCCCGACGACGCAAAAGCCUGGACGUUUCCCGACGAUCCUGGUGCGGGCGGCUAUCACGGGCGGUAUCUCUGGACAGACGCCUUUGGCGUCGUCAACUUCAUCACGUUGUUCAAAGAAACGGGCAAUGCCGUAUAUCUUACUCUCGCAAAGCGUCUCGUCCAGACCGUCCACGAUGUCCUCGGACGCACCAGAGACGGAUCAAAAAGGCUAGACGGGGCAACAGACGAGGAGCCCCUCAGGGGAGGUCUGCGGAUCGGCAAAAUGGAUGCCAGGGGAAGUGACGGGGAUGGGCAGUAUCACCACUACUUGACGCUGUGGAUGUUUGCGCUCAACAGGCUUUCUAUUGCGGCGGAUGAAGUGCAGUAUAAUGACUUGGGGAUCCAGCUUGCGCGGGCGAUUCAUGCGCGGUUCAUGGUUCAUUGUCUUUCGGGCGGGAUGAAGAUGGUGUGGAAGAUUUCAAUGGACAUGAAGACCGUGCUGGUUCCUAGCGAGGGACAUCUUGAUGCGGCAACGGGGUAUGCGGUGUAUAAGCUGCUGCAAGAUACCGCUGCGAGACAAGGCCAUAGGGAGCAUGUUCUGCAGAAGGAAGUCGACGACUACUGGGACUUGAUGGUGAAGAAGCGGAAGGGGAGCCUAUCCCCUGGAACGGACUACUUGGAUGUCGGGAUGGGGCUCUGGGCGGCGCACCUGUGGAAGCACGAGCGCUGGGCGGAGAGAUUCUGUGAUAGGGCGCUGCCUGUUGCGGGGGAGUUGCUGAGUUCGACGAGGAUGAGGGCGGAGGGGGCGAGGCUUGCGUUUCGGGAGUUUGGGACGGUGCUGGGUGUUGGAUGCUGGGAUGUUGGGGAGGGCUUGAGGGCGAGGGUGGAUGGGCUGAUGGCGUUUUGGGAGAGGUGGUUGGAUGAUGAGGCGGAGGAGGAGUUGAAGCCGAUUUCGAGGGUCAUGUAUGCGAGUGGGUUGAUUGUGGGAGGUGAGUUUUUCCUAAAGACUUUUGGGUGA